AUGACACCAGCGUUCGACAACCGGAAGCGGGAAGCGAAGCAAAGUGUAGGGAAGGAGUCGAGUACCGGUAAACCUAGGAGGUUCAUCCUAAAGGUAGUACCAAGUGGCCCCCCUCGAACUAACGAAGCAACUCCCCCUGAACGUUCACAGCCUUCGAAGCCUGUUGUAUCUGAGAGCCCGAGUCAUACUGGCAAGGUGCUGGAAACUUCACCUCUUCGCUGGAAAAUGGGUACAACCCCAAAGAGAAAGAGAAGUGACACACCCCCAGUAUCUCCUCAGGUGACCCCUAAAUGUCAUAGCAUGCGCAUUCUACAUGCAAGAUUUACUGGAACACGCACCAGUAACGUUGAAGCCUCUGGAACCCCAACUGUGGUGACAAUUGACAACGAUAGUAAUGAUGGCGACACCACCGAAUCCGAGGCUAAUGUUCCAGAGCAAGAGAACGUUCAUGACAUCGGUGACAUACGUGAAGAUUCUGACAGGGACUACAAUGAUGAUUGCAAUGAGGAUGCAUUUGCUUAUUCCAGUGACUAUCCAGGAGGACAAGGUGGUUCAGAUGCUUUCCUUGGGUCCGUUGGUAGCAGUACGUGCCAUUUUAGCGCUGAGCCGGUUACUGACAUUGCUGAGGGCUCAAGCCUUGCUGUAGCCAUUGCUGACCCUGCCCGGAGUCCUCCUGAGGAUUUGGCACGUGCUGUAUUUGGGGCACGGGCUGUUCAUAACAUGAAGUCAAAUCCCAGCCCUGAUGAAAUAAGGGCAGCGGCAGAGGCUUUGGUCUUCAAGCAGCGUGAGCUGGAAAACCAGCGUAGGGAAUUGCGUGGCCUUCUUUCUGCCCAAGGUGUCUCUCCUGACAGUGCUGACUGCGUGAUAGAAGCAGUGACAAGAUCCUCUCAUAGGGCCUCCUCUGUUCUUUUCUAG